CGCUGCCGGAAGGGGGGCGGAGCUCUGUUGUGGCGGUGAGGAAAAGGAAGCUCGGCGGGGUCGAAAGAAAUAUAAAAGCAAAGGCUAUUUUCGUUCUUUCUUUCUGUUUUUACUUUCUUUCUGUUUUUACUUUCUUUCUGUUUCUUUUUCCUGAAGAGCGAGCGGCCCUUGCGGUGGCGUUUUGGGGUGGGCGCCGCCGAGGUGAGGGGGUCUCGCCUCCCGCACGCUGGUAGGCAUAUCACUUCUCUGCUGAACGGACUAGACUCAUCUCUAAGGCUCCUUGAAUAUCCGAGUUUCUCCUUUUGGAAUCUACUUGGAAAUAAAAACAGACUGAUUGUUCCAUUAUGGAUGGAGGGGAUGAUGGUAACCUUGUUAUCAAAAAGAGGUUUGUGUCUGAGGCAGAAUUAGAUGAACGGCGCAAAAGGAGGCAAGAAGAAUGGGAGAAAGUUCGAAAACCUGAAGAUCCAGAAGAAUGCCCAGAGGAGGUUUAUGACCCUCGGUCUCUAUAUGAAAAGCUGCAGGAACAGAAAGAUAGGAAGCAGCAGGAGUAUGAAGAACAGUUCAAAUUCAAAAACAUGGUAAGAGGCUUAGACGAAGAUGAGACCAACUUCCUUGAUGAGGUUUCUCGGCAGCAGGAACUAAUAGAAAAGCAGCGAAGAGAAGAAGAACUGAAAGAACUGAAGGAAUACAGAAGUAAUCUCAGCAAGGUUGGAAUUUCUCAAGAAAACAAGAAGGAAGUGGAGAAGAAAGUGGCUGUGAAACCCACAGAAACCAAGACCAAGUUCUCCCAGGCAAAGCUGUUGGCAGGAGCUGUGAAGCAUAAGAGCUCAGAGAGUGGCAACAGUGUGAAAAGACUGAAAUCGGACUCUGACCCAGAUGACAAGAAUCAAGAAGCCCCUUCCUGCGUGUCUCUUGGAAGCACAUCUCUGAGUGGUCCCUCCAUCCACUGCCCCUCCGCUGCCGUCUGUAUCGGCAUCCUCCCAGGUUUGGGUGCCUACUCUGGGAGCAGCGACUCUGAGUCCAGCUCAGACAGCGAAGGCACCAUCAACGCCACUGGCAAGAUCGUCUCCUCCAUCUUCCGAACCAACACCUUCCUCGAGGCCCCCUAGUUCCUCUGUUCUUACCGCAGGGAGCUCCUCCCCAAAAAUAGACUGGACAGUUUAUUCUGCCUACAGGCAUUACCUCCCACAGAAAAGUCCUUUGCCUGCUCCCUGUGCACACCGUGACAUUUUUAACCUCAUCUAAAAAUGUGCCAGAAUCCA